AUGCAUGAAGACUUGCGCCGAAGAGCCCUCGAGAGCGGCAAGACCGUCUCAAACAAGGCCAAAUCCAAGCAGUCGUCAAGAGGGAGUUCACGCGGCAAUUCGGCUCCCAACUCGCGUAGCGCUUCUCGCAUUCAGAGCCGAGAUGUGUCGGACGACGAGGAUUUUGACAAGGGCAAUCUCAGUGACGACACCACCCAAAGUAUCAAUUCGAUCGAUGCCCUCCUCGAAACCGACGACAUCAAUGAGCAGACCUCGGAUGCCGCUCGGCAAGAGUUGAAUGACGUGAUCUCGGAACUGCUGGAUCGGAAAGGGAGCAGCCACAAGAGCCGGGAAGAUGCAUUGACUACAUAUGUCAAAUGCUUGACCUCGCACUAUCUGGCCGAGGUUCUCUAUGGUCGAGUCCACGACCUCCUUGUGGCGUUUGGUCGAAGCAUCAAAGCAGAAACCAGCGAGAAAGAAACAACAUUGGCCUUGAGAGCCAUGGCACUUACUGCCAUCACGUUCGCCGAUGGCAGCAUCUAUGACACGGUCGCACCAUCCUUGAAACGGACCAUCUCCGAUUCUCGAUCAACGUCGGUCAAGGCUGCGGCAAUCUAUACCAUUGGGAUCUGCAUAUCUUUCGGUGGCGCGGGAGAUGAAGAGAUUUUGGACGUCAUGACUUUCUUACUUGAGAUUGCCUCGAGUGAUGGAGCGUUUGUUGACGCUGAUGACAGUGCUGAAGUUGUCACCGCAGCCUUGAACACGUACGGAUUCCUGGCGACCCAAGUGGAAGACGUCGAGCAGGAGUCGGAGGACGCCAUUGCGACAUUUCUCGACCAGCUGGACGCAGAUGACAUCAAAGUUCAAGUCUCGGCGGGCGAGAACAUUGCUCUACUGUAUGAGAAAUGCUACACGCCACGCGAGGAAGACGACGAGUCGUCGUCGUCGGACGAGGAGAUCAUACCGGAAGACGAACUGCCCCACGACCGGCCUCACGUGCGAUCCUACCUGGUCAAACGGUACAACCCGUAUCAUAACACGCAUGAGGUGAUGGACAAGGUGACGGCGCUUGCAUCGCUCAGCACCAAGUCGAUGAAUCGACGAGACAAGAAGGCCCUACAUCAAUCUUUUGCCAGCAUUGCUUUGACGGUCCAAGACCCACGGCUGGGGCUCCAGUCUAACAAUGCCUCCAAGAUGGUGGUGCGGGUUCAUCGGGAAGGCGAGAUGCGGGUGGACAAGUGGUGGAAGCUGAUGCGGCUGAACGCGAUCCGCAGGCUUCUCGGCGGUGGGUUUGUCAACCACUACUUUGAAGGCAAUAAGCAGGUGUUGGACGCGUUGCCGAUGAUCAUGCGUGGGAUUGGAAGUUCAGGCAUGUCAAGUCCUCGAAAGGUGGCGGGCCACAACCACAAGGCGCAGAAGGGCAAAUAUCGCGACGUCCGACGCUUUGUGUCGGCCGACCUGACGGCGAGUUGA